CCCCUCUGACUAUUUUAAGGCGCGCGCGCGCGGCUGCGGUGGCUUGUGUCCCUCCCGGCUGAGCUCCGGCUCUUGACCCUCCCCCGCCUCUCGUCCGGGCCCUGCCGGCAUGGGUUCCCGGCCGCACUCGCUGCUCGCCGCCCUCCUCGUGCUCCUCUGCGGUGCGGGCACCGUGCACUGCGAUACUCCUGCCAACUGCACCUACCCUGACCUGCUGGGCACCUGGGUCUUCCAGGUGGGCUCUAGCGGUUCCCAGCGCGACGUCAACUGCACGGUUAUGGGACCACCGGAAAAAAAAGUAGUGGUGCACCUUAAGAAGUUGGAUACAGCAUAUGAUGACUUUGGGAAUUCUGGCCAUUUCACCAUCAUUUACAAUCAAGGCUUUGAGAUUGUAUUGAAUGACUACAAGUGGUUUGCCUUUUUUAAGUAUGAAGAAGAGGGUGGCAAGGUAACCAGUUACUGCCACGAGACCAUGACUGGGUGGGUGCAUGACGUGCUGGGCCGGAACUGGGCGUGUUUCACUGGAAGGAAGGAGGGAAACACCUUUGAGAAUGUGAACGUGAACACAGCACCCCUUGAGAGGAGUCUCCAGGAAAAGUAUUCUAAUAGGCUCUACAAAUACAACCACAACUUUGUGAAAGCUAUCAACGCCAUUCAGAAGUCUUGGACUGCGACUGCAUACAGAGAGUAUGAGGUUCUUACCCUGAAAGAGAUGAUUAGGAGAAGUGGUGGCCACGGCCGGAGAAUCCCAAGGCCGAAACCUGCACCAAUAACUGCUGAAAUACAGGAAAAGACUUUACAUUUGCCAGCAUCCUGGGACUGGAGAAAUGUUCAUGGUACCAAUUUUGUUUCCCCUGUUCGAAACCAAGCCUCUUGUGGAAGCUGCUACUCAUUUGCUUCUGUGGGGAUGCUGGAAGCAAGGAUCCGUAUACUAACCAACAAUACUCAGGCCCCAAUCUUGAGUCCUCAGGAGGUUGUGUCUUGCAGUCAGUAUGCUCAAGGCUGUGAAGGUGGCUUCCCAUACCUCAUUGCAGGAAAGUACGCCCAAGACUUCGGGCUGGUGGAAGAGGCCUGCUUCCCCUACACAGGCACUGAUUCUCCAUGCAAACUGCAAAAGGACUGCUUUCGUUACUACACCUCCGAGUACGGCUACGUGGGAGGUUUCUAUGGGGGCUGCAACGAAGCCCUGAUGAAGCUUGAACUGGUCCAUCAAGGGCCCAUGGCAGUUGCCUUUGAAGUCUAUGAUGACUUCCUCCACUACCGCAAGGGGAUCUACCACCACACUGGUCUGAGAGACCCUUUCAACCCCUUCGAGCUGACCAAUCACGCCGUCCUGCUAGUGGGCUAUGGCACUGACUCAGCCUCUGGGCUGGAUUACUGGAUUGUUAAAAACAGCUGGGGCCGGGAGUGGGGUGAGGAUGGGUACUUCCGGAUCCGCAGAGGAACCGAUGAGUGUGCAAUUGAGAGCAUAGCAGUGGCGGCCACACCAAUUCCUAAACUGUAGCAGGUACCUCCCAGCAUUUCCUGCUGACCACCGUCAGCCAGGAAAGGAAACUGACUUAUUCACAGACUGCAGGCCUUUACAGUGUUGCUACUGCAAGAUCGAAAGAUUACAAAUAGAUUCCUAUGAAGAUUUGUGCCUUUAAAAUUAAAACUGCCUUUGAUUUUUAAUAUACCUUCCCAUUAAACACCAGCAGACUUUCUCCUAAGUACUUGAUUAAUUGAAUUUUUUAAUGGAUGAUGGUGAACUGUGAAGUAAUGGAUUUUGCUAAUCAUUUGUAAUUCAAGCAGAUGCUAUAUAUUUUAAAAAGUCUAUGUGAAAGCACAGGCUUAUUUUUAAAUUGUACAAAUCAUGAGAAAAUAUGGCAAUGAUUAUUACAUUUUUUUUAAAUUUUGUAAAUAUUCAAGUGCUGUUAUGUAUUGUAGAAUUUAUGUAUGUGCUUAAGAGAAUUUUUACUCUUGACUCCUUCAGUCAUAUUCACUUGUCUCACGUAAAUACUUUAAAAAGGAAAAUCAUUGCAGAAUAUUUCAAUUAAAAACAAAAUUUAUGAACCUUUACAAUAGGAGGGGGUAUAUGCAAAUAAUGUCUGGUGAACCCUAAAAUCAUCUCCUGGAUAUCUGAUGAGCCAGAGAUCAUAGAGAAAAGAAACAGAAGUUUUAAUAAGAGUCUGGAUAUUAGUUAAACUUUCUUAUGGUGUAUCUGGCAUUUGGAAGUACUGGUUAACCUUUGUUGUCUGAGCAGUGAUAGCUUAAUUAGCAGAACAUUAGAAGUUUAGAUUUGGUCAGAUGGUUGGGCUUUCCAAGGGAUAUUUCACAGUGAUAUGAAACCUCCAGGCUGAGUAAACAGCACCUAUUAGAAAUGAUAGCUUAGGCAAAAUCAGGUGAACUAGGCAGUCAGAGCUCUAAAACAUAAACAAGAGCCACAAGCCUUUCAGAGCUGAGAGGGACCUUAGAGAUCAUGCAAUCUAACUUCCUCUUAACUAGAAAAAGAAACGAAGGCUUAUCGAGAGGGCAGGUGACGCAUCCAAGGUCACACAGCUGGCAAAUGAGGAGUCUUGAUUAGAACCUAGGCUUUCUAAGUCUAGUUGUCCUUUUGUGCCUUAGACACUGGGUCUCUGCACUUGCCACCAGAGUGUCCAAAAAUCACCAGGGAGACUAGGUGCACACUUGGAAAUUUCACGUUGACAUGUCAAGUCUCCGAGUUUUGUCUUAAAGCUCAUGUGCUUUCUGUAUGGCAGGUCACUACAAUGACAGAUUGACUCUUCUUAGGUGAAGUGUUAUUCCAGGAGUUUGCCUCAUGUUCAAAGUGUGGCUUCUUGGGCCUCGGCACACUGCCACAUACCCUUACCCUUUUCACCACGUGGUGACAAAGCAGACACUUGCAUGGCAGGCAUAGCCAAGAGUCCUUAUUAUCUGGAAGGACUCCAAAGAGGUAUAUUUUCUUUGUUACUCUUAUUGAUUGAAUGUAGUUACAAUCCUCCUUUAUGCCUUGUUGCUACAUCAAAGUGUAAACAGACUUUGAAAUCAAGCAGGACUUUUAUUUUCCACUAAAAUUUAUAAAGAUACUACCUAUCAGCUUCAUAGAUUUUAUUUACCAGGUGAGCAUGAGCCUAUCCUGUGGUCUUUGCUUGGACAGCGGUCAGCUGACACAUGUGACAGCAAGUCAGGGAGGUGGAGGGUUCCGCUGCUCUUGCACAAGCUCGUGAGGGCCCUGGCUGAGCUCUGAAAGAAGAUCAUUGCUCAGAUCAUUCAUUAAAUACUCUAGGAAAUAUAGGUGUGGACUUGACUGGCCAUGGGAGGCAGGUCUCACAAACAUGAUUAGUGGAGGACAAGUUUGAAGAGGACCUAAGUUUUCAGAGACUGCAAACGGGAUUGCCCAGGGAGCUCAAGUGACCCUGCCCUUCAACCGGCAUUUUUCUGCUGGGGGAGCCCUCCUCUUCCUAUUGCUCUACUGCAUCAAUUUGACCCAGGGAAAAGUGAAUGUGAGGCGAGAGGAGGGCUGUGUCCCAGGUCUCGGUUGAGCCCCUGCGAUGUGCCCCACCAAGUGUGGGUCCUUGGCUUCGCACAGGAAAGAAUUCAGGAGUGAGCCACACUUGAGUAAAGGUAGAUUUAUUUAGAGAGAUACAUACUGCAUAGAAUGUAGGCUAUUUCAGAAGGCGAGAGAAAGGCCAUGAGGCGCGGGGGUUGGGUGCUCAGGUUAAAGUAAAAGUAGACACACACUCCACAGACAGUGCAGGCCGUCUCUGAAGACAAGGGACUGAGACAAGCGGCCACGAGGCAGUGUUGCCAGUUUUUAUGGGCUCGGUAGCUUCAUAACCCAACAAGUGGGAGGACCAUACCAACCACCCUGGGGAAGGGGCUGGGAUUCCCAGCAACUGGGCCACUGCCCACUCUUUGACCCUUUAUGGUCAACCUUGAAGCUGUCAUGGCGCAUGUGGGAGUGUCACUUACCAUGUUAAUAUAUUACAAUGAGCAUACAAUGGGGCUCAAGGUCUACUGGGAGUUGAAUCUUCCAUCUUGGUGUCAAUUGCUGUGUCAUUCCUUGCAUGGCUGUGCCCUGCCCCAGUCCUUCCUGUCUCUGUUUCAUCCACAGUGGUGGAAUUCGUUCAAGAUGUUGACUGAAUGGAACAUCAUGGUUCCUCAAACCUUGUGAUUAGACUGUUAACCUGAACAAAAAGUAGCAAGUUUCAUUCUUUAAAACUUGUUUGUACUGGUGCUAACAGAACAUAUAAUUAAAGUCUGUUGAGAAAUUGA